AUGGUCGAUGAUAUAAUGGACCUCCGUACUGGACAUGGAUGCGCGCGCCUUGCAAAAUACAUAAAUCCGAAUACGGGACAAAGGGAAGAUGCGGCACAUAGAUACAUCCACACUCAGUCGCACAACAAGCGUUUACAUAUUCUCACAAAGACAUUGGUCACCCGAGUGCUUUUUGACAAAAACAAGGCUAUUGGAGUUGAAGUGAUCGGGAAUAAAAAUCAAGAUUCAGCCGCAGAUCAGACACCACGAAGGAUCAUCGCUCGCAAAUUAGUGCGCAGCGGGGUAGGUGAGGCUACUCGGUUAUCUAAGCUUGGCGUGGAUGUGGUAGUCGACCUUCCUGGAGUUGGCGCGAAUUAUGAAGACCACAGUUCUUGCAUGAUUCCUUACCAUGUUCCCGAUGACUUAGAAACAAUCGACCCGGUAAUGGAACAAAACAAGGAAGUCCUCGAGAAAUAUCUUACGCAAUUUUCAUACGGAAAGGGGUUUUUAACGACAAAUCUCAAUGAUGCUGGAAGUAGACUGCGUCCCACUGCCGAAGAGUUGAAGAACAUUGGACCUGCAUUUAAUGAAGUGUGGAAGCGUAAAUUCGAACAGGCUCCUGAUAAAGCUGUAUUUGUGCAAACAAUUUUGAAUGGGUUUAUCGGCCCUCGCACAGUUGUUCCUAAAGGAUCUCGCUUCAUGAUGGUGGCAAAUAUCUUAGCAUAUCCGGCAUCUAGUGGUCAUGUUUACAUUACGUCAACGGAUCCUUAUUCACCCCCGGACUUCCAUGCCGGAUUCCUCGAAGAUCAAGCUGAUUUGGAAGCCCAUGUUUGGAUGUACAAGAAGUCUCGAGAGAUAUUCCGCCGAAUACCAAGCUAUAGAGGCGAGUAUGCACCUUUGCACCCUAGAUUUCCCUCCGGGAGUCAGGCGGCUUGUGUACAUCUCGAAAAGGCGUACCCGCAGGGAAUCGAAGAUCUAGUCUAUACCAAAGAUGAUGAUGCUGCACUCGAGGAUUGGGUAAGGGAGAGAUCAGAUACGACCUGGCAUUCUGUUGGAUCAGUUCAAAUGAAACCCAGAGAACAGGGGGGGUGCGUAGAUCCUCGUCUAAAUGUGUAUGGGGCUGUCAAUUUGAAGGUCGCAGAUCUGUCUAUUACCUUCAAAUGUGGGGGCUACACGAACUCAACUGCGCUGUUGAUUGGAGAGAAAGCAGCCUUGAUAAUCGCCGAAGACCUUGGUUUGAAUAUUCGUGAACGUAGUAUCAAGAGUGGUGUAAUUCCAGAUGGCGCUAGCAGUAAUAAUAAUUAA